AUGUCCCGGACGAAUACCAGGGGCAACGCCCUUCAACAGCAGGCGAAGACAGAGCGGGUUGUUCGACUAGAGGUGCAGCGCCGGCACGCAAAGGGCUCACUCCGCGUUCUUGACUCCAUGAUUCGCGAGGUGGAUGACCAGCUGCUUUACGUCGCUCAGUUUAAGAAGGAGUGGCUGCAGCACCGCAGGGAACUGGAGGCGGCAAGGCAGGAGAUUUUGACCGAAGAGACUGCAAAGAGGCAGCAGCUUGAGAGGAGUUGCUUGCAUCUGCUACAGCAGCUUGCGCGUGGGAAGUUUACGGGUUCGAAGACGGAACCUCGGAAGCCGAACGGGGAGUGA